ACCUACCCAUAUGUCUUCUCUUGUUCUUAAUUUGUAGAGGACAAACAGGAAGGGCUGUGAUCCCAAACUGAAGGAUGAGUCCAAUACUAUAAAUCACCUCAGAUUUCAAGUACAGCUGCAGCAGACAGGCAAAACCCAAAAUGAUCCAUACUUAGAGGACAGGCUAAGUGAUAUACUACACCAAGGCCAUUUGUUCAAGGUUCAAGCUGCCAAGUCUUUACUAAACCUACAUGAAUAUGGGAGAACAACUGAGGACUCAACAAAGUUAUUAAGGAGCAUGGAUGCUCUAGUCAGAGAGGAUGAAGAUGAAGGUCAUGUUACGGAGGCAGACAGUGGGGCUUAUCUGUCUGUUAGGUCAAACAAAGAUGAUGUGGAUAAAAGAUGUAACAGCAAACUCCCAGUGACAAACUUGUCGCGCAGUACAACAACCAAUGAGAUCCAGAGAAAAGAGGAGCCUUUGUUCCAUGUUGAAGAGAAGAGAUUCAUGAUUUACAUAUGCGGUGGAUACAAAGAUUCAGUUGAAGAGAGAAGUGCGCUCAUGGAGAACAUUUAUCCUAGACUGUACCUGUACUGUAAGCAGAGAGGCUACGACUUCAGGAUGGUCGACCUCCGGUGGGGGGUAGGAUCACCUGUUGCUGAACGCCACGACACUGUAGAGCUGCAUGUGGAGAAUCUCCGGCAAUGUCAGGAAACCCAGGGUCCAAAUUUUAUUUUGUUUGUUGGACAGAAGUAUGAGGUCCUGAGCCUUCCCUCCACCAUCACCAGAGAAGCCUUUGAGGCCAUAGUAAGAGUGUUGGAGAGAGACCAACAGCAAACGUCCAAGAACAAACCAGUGGAGGACUUUCCUGCCUCGGGCUCACAGUCCAUCAUCACUACAGACAGCAGCUCUGGCAGUUUUGUCCAGGAUUCCAUUUACAGGGAUGAUCGGAAGUUUGGAGAAGAGGCUACAAUCUCAGGACUGCUGAGCCAGAACUCUCACAAGUCAUUUCUAAGAAGGGAGAAGGGCAGACCCAGCCCUGAAGGGAGCCCAGGGGAUUUGGACAAAGACCUAACAUUACUCCAGAGAUGCUACAAGCUGGACGAGAAUUGCCUUCCUCCUGUCUACCGCUUACUUCCCAUCAGCUCCCACCAUCCUGACAUACUGAGCAUGGACGGGGAGCACAGGAGGCAGGCCAGGAAGAACUGGAGCGCUACCUGCCGCAGACUGUGGGGAGUUCUACAACACAGCGCAGUUGAAGCACUUGGACAAGAGGAGGCAUCACUGUUACUUAGAACAGUUCUUGACUGGGAGCUAGAGACAGGCCUGAGGUCUGUAGACAAGGCUCCACCAGAGGAGCACUGCCACUGCUACAACAGACUCAUCCCAGACCUUUACUGCAACCUGAAGGAUGACCAUGCUGCUCAGUAUACUAACCUCCUGGAAGUACGAGCUCAGCUUGAUCCAGUUCUCAGCACAGCACACCACAGAUUUAUGGACCGGCUCCAUGAAAAGCUGCGCCACACCAAUAUUUAUGAGCGUACUGUGGGAUGGGGACGAAGAGGCCUGAACUCCAAACAUAAUGGCUCACUCCAGUUCUACACCAAGCGCAUCUCCUCCCAUUUUCAAAGGACUGUUAUCAGCUCGCUCAACAAAGUAAUUAAGGUCUCCAAAACUCAAGGCUCUUUGGACACAGUGAGGAGAGAAGCUGUCAGAGUGCAGAUACAGGAGGAGAUACAAUAUCACAUCAACUAUGGACUCCAUCUGGGGAAGGGCUGUACUUUGAGGCAAGCUUUCCUAGAUGAUGUGAAGAAGGCAGUGGAGCAGUCGAAAAACAGACCCAUCCUCCUGGUGGGACCACAAGGCUGGGGAAAGAGCACCACCAUGGCUGCAGUAGCACAGCUAGCGCCCUCUUGGCUACCUGGAGCUGUGAAGAUAUUGGUGCACUUCACUGGCUUGACUGGAGAGAGCAGAAACAUUCGUCUGGUCCUGCAGAGUCUUUGUAUCCAGCUGGCUGAAGCCUACAGUCCCCACACACAGCUGUCAGAGGGCCUCCCUCAGCUGAUCAACGAGUUCCACUCUCUGUUGGGCCUGGUGGGAGCAGAGAGAUCCCUGAUGGUCCUGCUGGAUGGGUUAGAUGAACUGUCUGAGGAACAUGAUGCAGACCUCUCCUGGAUCUCAACCCCUUUACCUCCAAACAUUCACCUCAUCCUAUCUGUAACCACUGACUCUCCCUGUACUCACACUCUGCAGUCAGCCUAUCCCACAGUCCUGUCCCUCCCUCCACUCAGUCCUGAGGACAUCACAGCAGCAUUAGAGACCAAGCUGCGGACUGAUCAGAGGUGUUUGCAGGAGCAGCAGUGGCAGCUGCUGGUCCAGGCUUGUCUGUCCUGUCCCUGCCCUCUUUACCUGGAGGCAGCUUAUUCUGAGAGCAGGCUCUGGACCUCCUACUCUUCACAGGUCAGCCUCAGCCUUCCCGCCAGCCUAGAGGGCCUUUACCUUAGCCUGCUGGCUCGUCUGGAGAGAGAGCUGGGGAGGCAGCUGGUGAGACGGGCUGCAUCUCUGAUAUCCAUCUCACGUUGGGGUGUCACCGAAGAGGAGUUACUGGAACUAUUGGCCCGAGAUGAGAAGGUGCUCCAGGAAGUGACCUCAUGUCACUCCUCUCCCAGCCACUCCAGGGUGCCUUAUGUGUUGUGGGCUCGGCUGAAGCAUGACCUCGGUCAACACCUAACUGAGGUCAGGACAGAUAGGACAUGGGUGUACCGCUGGACGCACUGUGAGCUGGGCGAUGUGUGCAUUAAGCACUAUCUAAAAACAGAUGAUUCUCGCAUGGCUGUGCACGCAGACUAUGCUGACUACUACAGAGACAAGUCACAACAUGCACACAUAUUUCAGCCACUGGCAUGGACGCUGGAUGAGGAAGAGGAUUGUGAAGGUAUGACGAAAAGUUACAGGUUCAAUCUGAGAAAGCUUCACGGGUUACCCUACCACCUGGUCUGCUCCAGCCAAAUCCUGUCCUUCCUGUCUGAAUGUAUUUUCAACUAUGAGUUCCUGUUACAUAAGGCCUGGGGUCUGUCUGUGCUGGACAUCGAGGAGGACCUGAAGAAGGCUGUGCUGCCAGACAAGGUGCUGGUGGAUGUGGAAGUGUUGUCGGGUGCUCUGGAGAUGUCCAGAGAGGUGCUGCUGCAGGACCCCUGUCAGCUGGCCUCCCAGCUUAUGGGUCGACUGGGACAAAUGGUUAUUGAGGACCGUCCUGUUGCUAAAGGUGACCCACUGAAGUUCAGCUACCUCCAUUCUAUACUGGCUCAGUGCACCCAGUCCUCCCUGCCUGUGUUGCUGCCCUCCUCCACCUGCUUGCUCCCCCCAGGAGGCCUUCAACACACCCUGCUUGCAGGUCAUUUGACCAAUGUGACUGCCUUGGGAGGGGCGCAGAGAGGACCCUUUGCUGUCACCAGUGAAUCAGAUGGCAGCCUGAGGUUCUGGGAUCUGGAACAGAGGCGGAUCAUCAGGAGCCUGGACCCGGUGGGGGGAGUCGUGGGAGAUUCAAUCACCCUGGGUCUGGAUGAUAGGAUGCUUAUAAUCUGCAUGGGACAAAGUCUGCAGGUGAGAGAAGUUGAAUCCGGGCGAGUUGUGUAUUCAGAAAGUGACUCAGUGGAUGUUCCCAUAGUCACCACGACAUGUGAAGGACAGCUGCUGGUGGUCUUCUAUGAUGGAAGUCAUCGAGUCAAGGUUUUUGACCUGGCUUCCUCCUGCUCUCUGCUGCACUGCACUGACAUUUCUAUGGAGCAUGAGGCAAUCCACAAAGACCGCUCUAUUCUGCUGUCCAACAACUCCAUCAGAGACUACGUCCUCUUUGCCUACAGGUCUGGUUCUGAGGCUGCAGUAUUCAGUGCCAGAGGGGGCGCUGUGCUGUCUGUCCUGUCUGCUCAGCAUGGUGCUGCCUCAAUACAAGCUGUGGAGAUGACUGAAGACUACCUGCUGCUCUUCUGCAGAUACCCAUACAAGAGAGGCAGUGAAAUCAUCCACAUCGAACUCUUCAGCACUGUGUCCUUCCUCUACCUGCGGUCUAUACUGGGCUGCAGCCAGGACUGCAUUUCCCAGGUCUCUGUCAACCAGGCGGGGACUCAUGUCGUGGCCUUUUGCCCCUCCCCUCAUACCAGCAUCACUGAGCUGGUCACCUGGAACCUGGAGACAGAGGACCACAAACAUAUCACUCGCUUCCCUGCAGUACUGACCAAAGGCCUGUGCUUUGAUCUGCAUCUCUGCCUGGGGAUCUGCAGUGGGGAAAAGUACCUUUGCCUGUGGGAUCUGACCUCCAGGAUCAAUGACCACGCUCUGACCUAUAACAUCCAUAAGCCCAGGAGUGAGGGCACAGAGGAGAUCAUCCCGAUGGGAAAAACCCCGAGGUAUGCUGUGUGCCGCUCUGUGAGAGCUGGGACUGUGUAUGUUUGGAACCUGACCAGACGGCAUUUCGCCUGCCGACCAGUCAGAGUGGAGCACAGCCUCUACAGCAGCACUGAUGUGGUGCUCGCCCAUGACUUCAAGCUUUACAUCCUAACAGACAGAAGCAUGGACGCCCCCUCACAUCCAUUCAAGACUCUCCUGGUGUAUGAUUUGAUUAAGCGGAGCUAUGUGAGGAGACAGACUGGGAUCACAGUUAUUCCCUGUCCUCAGCAUGAGUACCAUCUUCUGGAGGAUGGACAGACUCUUCUGGGUCUCUCAGACACCAGAGAUCAUCUGAUCCUUUGGGAUCUGGACUCUGGCUCUAUCAAACAUGAGAUCAAACCAUCCCACAGAGAGUCGCUCCUUUGCAGCAGCUCUGUCCAACACCUGCAGCCUGAUGUGACACCACGCAGAGAGACAACAUUGAUGCUGUGGGACAUUCGAACAGAGAGCCAGUCUGCAAAGAAGAGGAGGCUGGAGAGAGAGGCACAGAGGGAGAGAGAGGCAAAAAGGAGGCUGGACCGAGAGAAAUACAACUCUAUACACCAAUACCUCCUCAGCGGAGGUGAACAGGUGGUGGUGUGCUCUUAUUUUGCUCACCACCUCAACGUCUUCAGCAUGGUUUCACAAGAACACCUCCACACAUUGGAGGAUAAACCAUCACUGCUGAGCCUCCACACUGCAGCUAUUACUUACACCGGCAGCCACCUGGUGCUGACCAGCUACAACCAAGAGCAGAGGACCCCCUACAUCACCCUGUGGGACCUGCACACAGGAACGGUGAGGAAGAGACUGAGCAGUGAGGGUGGAGUUUGCUGUGUAGCUAUCACAGACAGUGCAGACAGAGUGGUCUUUGGGGCCACAGGAAGCAACAGACUGAAGGUGUGGGACCCCUUCAGGGGAAAGUAUAGGAGCAUCAGUGGGUACGGGAACCUGACGAUAGAAGUCUCCAGUAAGCUUCACGUUACAGAGGGAGGAAGCAGAGCCAUCCUGCUGUCAGGACAGCUGAGCCUGUGGGACCUGGAGGCGUGUAGCGUCUUGUCUGUGCUCUCCCUGGAUGCACAUGUCCACUGUAUGAGGCUGCUUCCUGGAUGCCAGGUUUCCAUCCUGCUCGGUCUCAGCCACAGCCCCGCCCUCAUCAGCGUCAGGGCAACAUCCAGGACUGUCAGCUCAGCAACUCAAGUCCCUAAAGAUGAAGACCUGUUUGGAGAGUCCAGCAGCAGUGAGGAAGAGGAGGAAGACUCCUGAAAAUUCAACGUUUUACACCUCCUUAUAUAUAUAAUAUUUUUGCAGUCCUUGUUGAGCUUUUUAUCAAGUGGUCUCCCUGAUGUGUUUGAAAUUAAUUAUUAUAAUUUGAAUUUCUCUUUAACUAACCCUCCAAAUUCAAUGUAAAAUCACCAAUAUUUUUUUGUUGUGAUUGCAUCCUUUCAGGAUCUCUGUGAGUUGAUCAAAAAAUGUAUCACUUGCUGAAGGGGGUCUGUAUGCACAGAUGAUAAUGAAUGACAUUUGUUGGGACUGUUUGUUAUUUUAGUUGCAGUGUUUACUACUUUGAACACAAUGCGUUCAUGUUCAAUGCAAUUUAACAAUUGAAUUUUCACAUAUAUCACGUUCCCAAAGGUCUGUCUCAUCGAAAACACUGACAUCCCAGAAACAUAAAUGCACUGCUAAAAAAAAAUUAAGGGAACACUUAAUUGUCACGGUAAAACACCAAGUGAGUUAAACUUCAGGGAUAUCAUUCUGUCCAUUUAGGAAGCACAACUGAUUGUGAAUCAGUUUCACCUGCAGUCCAGUUGUCUACAAUAUAGCACUUAAGAACAGCUGCAAUGGUGAGGCAAAAGUAAGACAACCCCCCAAAAUUGGGGGGGAAUUGUUUUGCAUGUGGUGGCCACAUCUUUCCUGACUGAUUCUUCUCUAGUUUUGUUUUCUGCUAGUGUCCUUGUCACUACUGGUAGCAUGAGGCGGUACCUGCAGCCCAAUCAGGUUGCACAGGUAGUCCAGCUCCUCCAGGAUGUCACAUCCAUACGUGCAGUAGCAAGAAGGUUUGCUGUGUCUCCCAGCACAGUCUCAAGGACAUGGAGGAGAUACUAGAAGACCAGCUGUUAGACGAGGAGAGCUAGACAGGGCUGUAGAAGGGCAUCUACCCAGCAGCAGGACCAGUAUUUGCUCCUUUGUGUGAGGAGGAACAGGAGGAGCACUGCCAGAGCCCUACAAAAUGACCUCCAGCAGGCUAGUGGUGUGCAUGUUUAUGAUCAAACUGUCAGAAACAGACUCCAUAAGGGUGGCAUGAGGGCCCAACAUCCUCUAGUGGGACCUGAGCUCACAGCCCAGCACCGUGCAGCACAAUUGGUAUUCACCAGAGAACACCAGAAUUGGCAGGUCCACCAGUGGCACCCUGUUGUCUUCACAGAUGAGAGCAGGUUCACAGCGAGCACAUGUGACAGGCAAUAAAAAGUCUGGAGACGCCAUGGUGAAUGCUAUGCUGCCUGUAACAUCAUCCAGCAUGACUGGUUUGGCAGUGGGUCAGUGAUGGUCUGAGGAGGCAUAUCCUUUGAGGGUCACACAGACCUCCAUGUCAUAGCCAACGGUACCUUGACUGCUGGUAGGUACUAGGAUAAAGUCCUCAGAGCAACUGUCAGACCUUACGCUGGUGCAGUGGGCCCUGGAUUCCUCCUGGUGCAGGACAAUGCCCCGCCUCAUGUGGCCAGAGUGUGUAGGCAGUUCCUGGAUGAUGAAGGCAUUGAUGCCAUUGACUGGCCCUCUUGAUCCUUUGACCUAAAUUCAACUGAGCACCUAUGGGACGUUAUGUAUCAGUGUGUCCAAUGCCACCAAGUAUUCCCCAGGCCACCAUCCACUGACUCAUCAGGAGCAUGCCCAGACAUUGUUGGGAUUACAGACAGGCACAUUGGGGUCAUACACAUUACUGAGCCACAUUAUGAGUUGCUGUGAUAAAAUUCAUGCAGGUUGGAUCAGCCUGUGAUUUCAAUGCUUUGAUUUCGGUGUGAUUUUGAACCCAGCCCUCAGUGGGUUGAUGAUUUUGGUUUCUAUUGACCGUUGAUGCAUCAUUUUGUUCUCAACAA